AUGGGUUUUGGUGGAUUCUUGCACUUGGAUUUCUCCCACAAUUAUCCUGAAUUUUUAGCACAACUUGUCUUGAAUUUUGAUGCCGUAGGAAUGAAAUUUAAGUUGGAUAGAAAUAGAUCAAUUAAUGUAAAAGCUGCUGAUGUUCACAUGGUAUAUGGAAUACCAAGUGGAGGAAAGGAAAUAGUGGAUGCAAAGAAUAGCAAUGAAGAUUAUAAGGAGGUGUUAAAUAGUUAUAAGAGAUAUCAUGGGGGAGUACUUUCCAAUAAUGUGAACAAACUUGUGAGCAAAUUAGCACUUGUGGAAAGUCCUCUUGAUGAUGACUGGAAGAGGAAUUUCUUGGUGUUGGUGGUAAACUGUUGCAUAAAGAGUAUUCAAAAUCAACAACCUUAUCUCAGAAGAUUUUUGCACACUGCGAUUGAUGUAAAUCGCAUUUCAGAAUAUGACUGGUGUAGUUACACCAUGUAG